AUGACAUCGGCUGAACGGAUCGCUUUGUCCAGGCAGAAUCUUUAUAUUGAACGACGAAGGAUACAACUAAGAAAUUGGGAUGAACGUGAAAAACAGAUGACACCAACACUUCCCCGUCAUCAGCGUUUGAAGUUCAGUCCAGAAGUAGCUUUAUUAGAAGCAACAAGUCGAGGAGACUCCGUGGAAG